AUGGCAGAAAGCCAGGUCGCAGAAGCAAUCAGGCUUUGUUUUGACAACUGGACUGCUAUGAAUCUCGCUCUAGACCAUGGCUGGGGAGAUCCAAGCAACAAAGAGGCUUUUAUGGCUCAGUUAACCGACACAAUUGUUCAUUACCAAGUUGAAGAAGAAGAUAUUGAAGACUUAUUAGACGAAUUUAUGGAAGAAAAAUUUUCAGUGAUUUUAGAAGAUGACAGUGCAAGGGAGCUUGCAAGAAUUUUCUUGGCUGUUUAUAAUCAAUCGAGAUCUGGAGACUCAAUUGAGUUAGACAGACUCAGGAGGCUUAAAAAAUCAAGUGUGGAGGAAUGCAAGAAAAUCAACGAAGUUGAAGAAGUCACACACAUGAUGCAGAAUGCUGAAAUUGAACCACCUGAAUUGGUGCCAACAGUUGAUGAAGAUGGAUUCGAGCUUGUGCAGUCUAGGAGGAAGAAAAAAUAA